AUGCGUCCUCCUAAUCUUUGGCUUUGGGGCACUCUCGCAGCUCCGUGUGUGGCGGUCCAUGCUGCAUGGCACCUAGGAAACGGCUUCGAACUCACGGUUAAUGACAACCGUCUCUCCAUUGCCCAACAUGGCCGGUCAAUCUGGGGGACCGUGCCAGGCCAGCCAUUUGUCAGUGCCAGCGCGGGAGAUGACGAGGUGAUCGGCUCCAACGGUAACUUCAAGAUUAAUGAAGUCGACCAAAACAAGUGUACCGGUCAGAAUAUUAGUGAUGUUGCCCUUCGGUCAUGGCAAGGAAGUUCAAACGACAACGCUGCGGUAAUUCAGGGUCAACUCACCGGAUGUGGUGAUGCCACUCCUCAUUUCUCUGUCGCCUUCUGGGUUCCGUCGCAGUUCCCCAAUCGCAUUGCCUUUAGCGUCAACGUAGACCCUGGAAGGUCGGCUGAUGCCGCAACGAAACUGUUCAUGACAUACCGUUCUUCACCGUCGGAAGACUUCUACGGACUUGGAGCGCAGGGAUCCUUCGCCUCUUUCAAAAACCUGACUGUCCCCAUAUUCUCGCGCGAGCAAGGUGUGGGUCGCGGUGACCAGCCCACAACUCGUCUUGAAAGCAAGGACAGCUUCUUCGCCGGUGGAGACCAUUUCACAACGUACACUGCUAUCCCGCAGUAUAUCAGCUCCAAAUCUCGGGUGUUCCACCUGGCACAGGAGAGCUCUGCGUACACCAGCUUCAAUUUCAGCGAUCCUAAUGCCGUUACUGUGCGAUAUGAUGGCCUGGCCGUGGACGGCUACUUCAUGCAAGCCGAAAACAUGCUCGACGGUAUUUCCAUGCUCACAGAUUAUACCGGCAAGAUGGUUGCGUUACCGGAGUGGGUUGACACCGGUGCAGUGCUUGCUAUUCAGGGCGGCCAGAGCAAGGUGAACCGGAUUGUCAAGCAAGGACUUGAGCUUGAAUGUCCCAUUGGUGCCGUUUGGCUUCAAGAUUGGUCUGGGACACACUCACAAAGUGUGUCCUACAUGUCGCUGAAUGUAUCUCGUCUUUGGUGGAACUGGGAAUCUGACACCACACUCUACCCGACAUGGAAGGAGUUCGUGCAGUCUCUGCGGGAUCAACACAACGUCCGUACCCUGGCAUACAUCAACCCUUUCCUAGCAAAUGUCAGCACGAAACCUAAUGGCUACCUCACCAACCUAUACGACGAGGCUAGCCAGGGUCGUUACAUGAUCCAAAACUCCACUACUAAUAGCACAUCGGUCAUUUCCAGUGGUCCAGGGCUUGACGCCGGUAUUCUGGAUCUCACCAACCCUGCUGGACGAUCCUGGUUUAAGGAGGUCAUGCUCGAUCAAGUCUGGAGUGCCAAUAUCUCUGGAUUCAUGACAGAUUUCGGCGAAUACACCCCUACCUACGCGGACACCCAGUUCGCCAACAGGAGCAUUGAUCCAUUCUUCUACCAUAAUGCCUAUCCCCGCGAGUGGGCUGCUCUCCACCAGUGGAUUGGAAAGAAUGUAUCUUCAUUCUCCGACGCCAUCCUCUUCCACCGCUCCUCAUCUAUGGCGGCAAACCGGCAUAUGAAUCUAUACUGGGCAGGCGACCAGAACACCAACUGGGGUGUCAACGAUGGCAUCAAAGCUGCCGUGACCGUUAUUGGCCAUAUGGGUCUGUCAGGCUAUGCCCACGGCCACAUGGAGAUUGGUGGGUACACCACUACUUGGGAUGGUAACGGUGUUGUGAACCGCUCUUCUGAAUUGCUCGGUCGAUGGGGCGAACUUGCCGCUGUCUCGAGUGUCGUCUUUCGUACCCACGAGGGCAACGUCCCUGAGGUCAAUGCCCAGUUCUAUACCAACUCCACUACAUACUCUUGGUUCAGUUAUAACGCGCGCUUGUUUGCAAGUCUUGCCAAGUACCGCCGUCGCAUCUUGGAAACCGAAAGCAUGAACCUGGGCUGGCCCUUGCUCCGCAUGCCCGUCAUCUACCACCCGGAUGACGAGGUCGCCAAGUCAAUCAGCUACCAGAGCUUCUAUCUUGGCUCAGAUUUAUACGUCGCACCAGUGCUGGACCCUGGUCGUACUAGCGUUAAGGUUUACUUCCCCGGCAAGAAUCAAACUUUCACCCACGUUUGGUCUAGGAAGAAGUAUCACGCUGGCCAGACUGCACGCGUCUACGCCCCUUACGGGAAGCCCGCGGUCUUUGUCGUUGGUACGCCGAACAAUAGUGAUUUGGAUGACUUCCUGCAAUUUGUCCGCCAGGAGAAUAACACCCUUAUCCAUUUCUAA